AUGGCUGGUGGUGUUAUUCCUACUGCUGCCCCUCAGCUGGCAGGCGGCUACUUGACUGGUCGCGCUCUCAUCUUCCCCCUCUCCCUCGUCAUCUCUCUCUUCUUCCUCUGGGGUUUCUCCUACGGUCUUCUCGAUGUCCUCAACAAGCAUUUCCAGACCGUUCUCGGCAUCACCCGUCUCGAGUCCACCGGUCUCCAGGUCAUGUACUUUGGUGGUGGUUACCUCCUCUUCUCUCCCGUUGCCGCCGAAGUCCUUAAGCGCCGCGGUUACAAGCAGACCAUCCUGAUGGGUCUUUCUCUCUACUCUCUUGGCGCUAUUCUCUUCUGGCCUGUCGCCCACGCUGCCGACUCCAACUCCAAUGGCCGCGCUGUCUUCGGUGGCUUCUGCGCUUGCACUCUCGUCAUCGCUUGUGGUCUCGCUACCCUCGAAACCGCCGCCAACUCUUACGCCGUUGUCAUCGGAAAGCCUGAGAGCGCCUCAGCCCGUCUCCAGUUCUGUCAGUCUUGGAACGGUGUCGCCUCUUUCAUUGGACCCUUGAUCGCUUCCAAGUUCUUCUUCGCUGGUGACAACGCCAACAGCCUCACCAACGUCCAGUAUGUCUACCUGGCUGUCUCCUGCGCUGGUGCCGCUGUCGCUGUUCUCUUCUUCUUCGCCAAGCUCCCUGAGGUCUCCGAGGCCGUCAUUGAGGACGAGGCUGGCCAUGCUAGCCAGGGCUCCAUCUGGAAGCAGUACAACAUGUGGUUCGCCUUCUUUGCUCAGUUCUGCUACGUCGGUGCCCAGGUCACUGUUGCUACCUUCUUCAUCAACUACGCCCACGAGAACGGUGGCAUCUCUACCAGCAAGGCCAGCACUAUGCUGAGCUACGCCCUCAUCACCUUCACCGUCGGCCGAUUUGUCGCUACUGGCCUUGCCAUGAUCUUCCGCCCCGACUUCAUCAUGGUUGUCUACUCUUGCUGCGCUAUUGCUCUCACUGCCUACUGCAGCGCUGGUAAGGGUGUCGCUAGUGUCGGUGUCCUGAUUGCCAUCUUCUUCUUCGAGGCUCCCAUGUACCCUACCAUCUUCGCCAUGGGUACUGCCAACCUUGGCCGCCACACUCGCCGCGCUGCUGGUAUCCUUGUCAUGGGUGUUUCCGGCGGAGCGGUUUUCCCUCCUAUCCAGGGUGCAAUUGCUGAUGCCAAGGGCACUCGUAUCAGCUACAUUGUUCCUACCAUUGGCUUCGUCUACGUUCUCGGCUACGUUACCGUCUGCUGGGUCCGCAGCGGCAUGAAGAUCAUGGUCGCCAAGAGCACCGAUGAGACUACUGUUGAUGAGAUCACCGAGAACGAGAAGAGCGAUGUUCAUGUUGAGCAGCACGAGAAGAAGAACGCUGGUGACUUUGCUUAG